AUGUGCCGAGGACACUAUGUCGCUAGGAUCAUCGCGGACCCGCGCACUUUGAAUAAGAAGGUGCACAUCUAUAAUGAGGUUUACGCGAGAAACCAAGUGUAUGACUUGCUCGAGAGGCUGAGCGGAGAGAAGCUCGAGCGCAGAUAUAUAUCAGAGGAAGAUGCCUAUGCGCGCGUGAGAGGCUCAUGCUGCUCUCAAGAGAGACCCGACAGAUGGAAGUGCAUUAGCCGCACUCACGAUUUCUCAGCUGUUCUUCUCCUGGGGAUCCGUGGUGACAAUACCCCCGAAUACGCCGAAUAUCUCGGUUAUCUAAGCGGCAAGGAUGUAUAUCCAGAUUUUAAGUUUACGAAACUUGAAGAGUUCAUUCAAGAGGUUCUGGAAGGGAAGGCAAAAGGCAUUUACCAGAGUGGCUCUCAAUGA